GCAGUCUACUUCCAGAUACACUAUGGCGACGGUCGGCAUCUCCUGGCAUUGACGAUGCGGGAUGCGGAAUGUCUGGCCAAAAUGAACCUCCCUGCCGUGACUCUCUGGACCUUUGCCGUCACCGGAACUAAGGUCUCGAUUCUUUUGCAAUAUCUGCGCAUAGUCCAGUGUCGAAAGGCAACUCGCCUGAUCUGGUUGCUCAUGAUCGUCGUUAUCCUGGGCGGACUUAGCACUUUGGGAGUAAUCAUGACUGCGUGCAUUCCCAUUGCUGCGGUGUGGAAUACGGAUAUCCGCCCACACGCCAAAUGCCUGGAUCAACGGCUCUUCUGGCAGAUCCAAUCCGGAUUUGAAGCUGCAACGUGCUGGGCAAUGUUAGGACUGUUGAUUCCGACGAUGUGGAGGAUGCAUCUUUCGCGACUCAAGCGCAUCGGAAUGAUAGCACUGCUUGGGUUG